UAAUAUGAAAUUACAUUGGGCUUAAUAGUAAUUAUCCCACAAAAUAUUUGUAUAUUAAGUAUAAUCUUAUUACUUGUGUUUUACUCCAAUUAUAUCUAGGAUUCUUGUAUCCUAUUUACUAUGGGAUUACUCCAUAAUCUCGCAGCUCUUAUUUUAUAGUGAAAAGACAGAUCUUUUAGGGUAAACUUGAGAGGCAAGCGAAAUUGGAUCUUGCAGGGAAGGGAUCAUAAUUAGUUUAUUAGUUUAUUAGUAGAGUCUUGAUUGUAGAUCGGUUGCCUUUGGUGGUCGUUUUAACAUGGCUAAGCAGAGUUAUCAGCAAGAAGAAGAAGAAGAGAUUUUAGAGCAGCUGUCUCGCAGGAGAAAACUAAUGUCAGUGAGUGAGUUGGCCAAGGGAAUUAUAUUUACAGAUACAUUGUUUACCGGAUGGAAACCUCCACUUCCCUAUAGGAGAAUUUCCAAAGAGAAACAAGAUGCUAUUCGAGAAGAGUGUCAUGUAAUUGUUGAUGGCCAAGAUAUUCCUUCCCCAUUGAUCAGUUUUGAGGAUAUGAAGUUUACUGAGCCUAUUUUACAGAAACUGAAAGUUAAAGGAAUAUCACAGCCUACCCCGAUUCAGAUGCAAGGUCUUCCUGUUAUCUUGUCGGGGAGAGAUAUGAUUGGGGUUGCCUCUACAGGCUCUGGUAAGACUCUUGUUUUUGUGCUUCCCUUGAUUAUGAUCGCUCUCCAGGAGGAAAUUAUGAUGACCAUUGCCUCAGGAGAGGGCCCUUUUGGUUUAAUUAUCUGCCCCUCAAGAGAACUUGCCACUCAGACUUAUCAUCUAGUUCAAGAAUUUUCAAUUAGCAUGAGAGAAGCUGGUUAUCCUGAGUUGAGGUCAUUACUCUGCAUUGGUGGAGUGCAUGUCAAGUCACAAUUGGAAGUUGUGAAGAAGGGUGUGCAUAUCGUAGUUGCAACUCCUGGGAGGUUAAAAGAUAUUCUUGCAAACAAGAGAAUGAAUCUUGAUAAUUGCAGGUAUUUGACAUUAGAUGAGGCUGACAGAUUAGUGGAUUUAGGGUUUGAGGAAGACAUCAGGGAAGUACUCAGUUAUUUUAAAGCUCAGAGGCAAACCCUUUUGUUCUCUGCUACUAUGCCCACCCAAGUUCAGAACUUUGCUAUUAGUGCUUUAGUGAAGCCUGUUAUUGUUAAUGUGGGAAGACCAGGAGCAGCAAACAUCAAUGUUGUGCAGAGGGUUAAGUAUGUGAAGCAAGAGAGAAAGAAAAGUUAUAUUCUCCAUUGCUUGAAGAAGACCCAACCCCCUGUUAUUAUAUUCUGCAAGGACAAGGCUGAUGUAGAUGACAUUCAUUUGAAUCUUCUCAGCGAGGGUGUUGAUGCUGUGGCUAUUCAUGGAGGCAUGGACCAAGAAGAAAGAGAACAUGCAGUAUCUUCCUUUAAAGCUGGUAAAAAAGAUGUGUUGAUUGCAACUGAUGUUGCCUCAAAAGGUUUAGAUUUUGCUGAUAUUCAGCAUGUGAUUAACUAUGAUAUGCCAGCAGAAGUGGAAAACUAUGUCCAUAGGAUUGGACGAACAGGAAGAUGUAGCAAGAAAGGUAGAGCAACUGCUUUUAUAAACAAGAGCCAGAGUGAGAGAACCCUUCUUGAUCUGAAGCAUCUCUUGCUAGAAGCAAAACAGAAUUUACCAUCUAUUUUGGUGAACUUAAGAGAAGGAGAGACAAUUGGUAAUGCACCUGAGCAUCGAGGGUGCAGUUAUUGCGGUGGGCUUGGACACCGCAUCAGCAACUGCUCCAAGUUGGAGAGUCAGAGAUCACAGCAAUUUUCCAACUACAGGAGGAAUUAUUUCGGUUCUGGCGGGUAUAUGGCAGAGAUGUGAUAUGGGAAUGUGUUUGUUUUGGCCUGCAUUGGGGAAUAGUUGCCCAUGUAUAAUAUUUAGAUCUUUAAUUUUUAUCAGAAGAAAAAUCCUUUACAUGUAACAAAGUACUAUUUAUAUCAACCAAGUUUUAUUUCAUGAUAUAGCAAGUAU